AUGAUUGCGAAGGCAUUACGAGUAGGUAUCCCACUAACUUUCGCUUCUGCGGGCGGAUUCUACCUGCUGGAAAACGAAGACAGAAGACAGAACUUUUUGCGACAAGUUGUCGCCCUAAGCAAGUCGAUUGUCACAUCUCGUAACGAUUUCGACGAUCAUUUUCCUCGCGGAACUUGGAACGACAAUUGGGAUUUGUGAGCUAAUAAAUAUUUUGCUUUGCAAUUUUCGUAUGGUUCAGCCGUGAGCCGUCGCAAUUACUCGACAGAAAAAAGUAUGACAAGGCUACGGACGAGGAGAGAAAGACUUUGGAAGAUGAGUGCAAAGCAACGGCCACUAGAAACAUCUUUUUGAUCCGCCACGGACAGUACCAUUUGGACUCGGUUGAGAAGAACCUCACCCCUUUAGGUCUGUUUCGAAAGAUUUGAAGUAGAAAUUCCUUCAAAAAUAAAGUCUUCCGGAAGCUUGAAAUUUUUAGGAGGUUUUUGCUUACUCAUUAAACCGAAAACUUUGGAAAAAAUGAAAAUUAGGAGGAAAAGAGUUUUCUGUGUUAAAAAUAAACGGCGCGAUAGAACGAAGCUCUUUGUAAACUUUGAAGUUCGAAAAUUUUUUUACAGUCAGGUAGUUAACUAUAGUCUGUUCAUAUUUUAAAUGUCAAGCAGCUAACUCCGCCCCUGCUGCCACAGUACUUUUCGCGUCGGUUUUUUUUUAACGCGCGAGACGAUUUUUAAUCUUUUCCGUUCUAAAAGAUAGAAAAAGAAGUCAGAAAAUAAUCCUAUAUUCAAAGUUCAUCAUCAUCUGCGAUGAAACAUUGACGCGAAAGAUAUUGUAUCUUUGGGGGACGGAGUAAGCUUCUUGACAUUCAUAAUCUGAACAGACUAUACCUUCAAUAGCAUUCAGAAGCAAAAAUAGAAACGUAGUUUUUAUUGAUUUUAUCUAUAGAAUCGGUCAUUAAAUUUGCUGCAUUUUAGGUAGGCAACAGGCGGAUGUCCUGGGAAAACGUCUCGCGGAGUCGGGAAUCAAAUUCGACAAACUUGUCAUGUCAACCAUGACACGUGCGACAGAAACUGCUAACAUCAUUUUGAACCAUCUUCCGGAAACCCUACCAAAGUGAUUUUUUUUCUGAGACUUGAGGUGUUCAAUUUUUUCUUCUUCAGAAGUAGUUGUUCCCAGAUAGAGGAAGGGCCCCCAUAUCCGCCUGUUCCAGACGUCUCUCACUGGAAACCUCCUCAUUCAGUGAGCUUUUUUGGUCAAAUAAUCGCUUUCUGAAUGCUUAUUGAACAAAAGAGUCUUCUAGUCAUUCAAUUCGUGAAAAAUAUGAGUUUUUUUCGUCCUAUUUAGGCUAAGACUUUUGAUUCCUGUUUCUUUAAUAGAAAGUGCGGGAAUAUAAUUACAUUAAAAAAGAAUAGAAAUCAAGAUAUGUUUUUCUACUAAUUCAUUAAACUAGGGAAUUAGUCCGGAUGCCGUUGUUUUUUUUGCCAAAAAAAAAUGAGAAUAUAGUACUGGCGCUGCUGUUUCGCAAAACAACGGCACCAGGACUAUAUGCUUAUCAAUCGAAUCUUUAUUUUAAUCUUUUCUUAUAAGGUUUCCUUCAUAGUUUUUUUUCAAAAUACCGUGCUAUAGCUGAUUCUCGGCUGGCUUGAGCCAUUGAAAAAAGGGUUCUGAGAUGCACGAGACAGUGCCGGCUCGUGGAGAGCACAGACAGGACACGCCCUCUUAGCGUCCCAAGCUGGCCGUGAAUCAGCUAUAGAUUAUCUUUUAAAAAACUCAAAAAAAAUUUUGCUUUUUAAGUCACAACUUUAGCUGGACUUACAAAGUUCGAUUUAGUUGAGGAGAGUUUCAUUACUUUCUGAGACUUUUUUUUAUAAAGAACAGGGGUUCAAAGGUCUGAAAUAAGAAAUUAGAAUAAGUUAUUCACAGUCUAUCUUCGUUGCGCGAGAAAUCUCUUUUCUGAAUCGGGUGCUUUCUAAUGAACGCGGUCAAAAAAACGUAAUUUUUUCUACCAUCGACGUUAAAGUAGUGUUAUAAGUUUAUCAAUUUUUUUUUCUCAUGUGGCGGAAGCUGUUCAAAAACUGAUCGUUCGUAGCAAUUGCUGGAGUGUUUUCUUGAGGAGUUUUUCGUGGAGAGCGCACGGAUCGAGUCGGCCUUCAGGAAACAUUUCCACCGCGCUCCACCCACGCAAAAAGAAGACUCAUAUGAGCUCUACGUGUGUCACGCCAAUGUCAUCCGCUACUUCGUCUGCCGGUUUGCAUAUAUCAUGAAUCGGGGAAGAAGAAACUAGCUGCAGAGCCCUGCAGUUCCCGCCUGAAGGAUGGCUCCGUAUGUCGUUGGGCAACUGCUCGUUGACCUGGGUGGUGAUCCGGCCGUCAGGACGCGUCACCAUCCGCAGCCUUGGCGACAUCGGACACUUCCCUCCUGCCAAAAUAUCUUUCACUUGA